UUCACUUUCUCAACCCUCCAUGAAAAUGCUUCUAUGAUGAAGCACCAAAACCUCAUGGGGAUCAAAACAGAAAUGUUGAAGAACCCUAUUAGGGUUAGUCUUAGCUUCAUGCUCCUCCUUUUCAUCACAACAAGUGCUCAAGCACCAAUUUACAUGAACAGUUUUUGUGACAACUCAACACUUGUUAGUUCUUCAUACAAAGCCAACGUUGAUACCCUUUUCUCAUGGCUAACCACAGACUCAUACGAAAGCGAUGGAUACAACUACACCUCUGUAAAUAGCAACAACCACAACAAUGAUGAUGCUGUUUAUAGAUUGUACAGUUGCAGAUACGACAUCACAGGGUAUUUUUGCAAGUUCUGCAUCACCACUGCUGCGAAUGAACUCUCUCGAAGGUGUUCCAACAGUGUAGGAGCUAUCAUAUGGUAUGACAUAUGCAUCAUCCGUUACACAAACCAAAGCUUCAGUGGCAAAGUUAGUUUAUCGCCAAUAUGGAAUACUACCGGAACCAGAAAAAUCAAGGACUCAUCAGAAGUUAAGAAAACUGAGGAUUCUAUGGAGAGUUUGAUUAGAAAAGCAACGGUGGAGACGAAGAAGUUUUGGGCAGUGGAAGAGUUUGAUUGGGUUGAGAAUGAGAAAAGAUAUGGUUGGGUGCAGUGUGACAGAGGUAUUAAAAAUGAUCAGUGUGGUGAGUGUUUGCAUGCAUUGUUAGACAUUUUUCCACAGUGUUGUUCUACAAAUGUACAGUGGGCAAUUUUUGGUCCAAGUUGUAGCAUCAGGAUGGAUGAUCAAAAUCUCUACCCGAAUUCAGAUGCGAUGAUGUUUGAUGAGGAAUCAUUGAAUGGAGAUCUACCUACAAUCCCAUUAACCGAAGUUCUACAUUGUACUAAUAACUUUUCAGAAGCAUCUAAGUUAGGGGAAGGUGGAUUUGGCCCUGUUUACAAGGGAAUUCUACCAGAUGGAAGACAAAUCGCAGUGAAAAGGCUCUCACAAUUUUCUGGUCAGGGCUCACAGGAGUUCAAAAAUGAAGUAAUGUUUAUAGCCAAAUUGCAACAUCGUAACCUUGUGAGACUUUUGGGGUGCUGUUUGGAGGAAAAUGAGAAGAUGCUUGUAUAUGAGUAUAUGUGUAAUGCAAGCCUUGACUCUCACCUCUUUGGUGAUGAAGAGAAGAGAAAGCAACUUGAUUGGAAACUAAGAUUAAGCAUUAUCAAUGGAAUAGCAAAAGGUAUUUUAUAUCUUCACGAGGACUCUCGACUCAGAGUAAUUCAUAGAGAUCUCAAAGCUAGCAAUGUUCUAUUAGACAGUGAGAUGAAUCCCAAGAUAUCAGAUUUUGGAUUGGCCAGGGCAUUUGAAAUAGGACAGAACCAAGCAAAGACUAAACGAGUAGUGGGCACCUAUGGAUACAUGGCUCCAGAGUAUGCUAUGGAAGGAUUAUUUUCCGUGAAAUCAGAUGUUUUCAGCUUUGGAGUUAUUGUGCUAGAAAUCAUUUGUGGAAGAAAGAACAGUGGAUUCCAUCUAUCAGAACAUGGUCAAAGUCUUCUUUUAUAUGCUUGGAACAUAUGGAGUGGAGGAAAUUGUUUGGAAUUGAUGGACACAGCACUGAUAAAAUCCUUCAUAGCCAGUGAAGUUGUCAAGUGCUUACACGUUGGUUUGCUUUGUGUUCAACAAGAUUUAGCAGAUAGACCAACCAUGUCUAAGGUUGUUCUAAUGCUAGGAAGUGACACAAUGGCCCUUCCAAAACCCAACCACCCUGCAUUUUCUGUUGGAAAAUUGACCUCUAAAGAAAAAUCAACUUUAAGAAGUUCCAAGAAUCUUUCUAUUAAUGAUGUAACAUUCUCAAGCGUUUUAGCAAGAUAAUAGGGAGUGUUUUCCGUUAUUGAAGAAUAUUUAUUCAUUCCAUUUAAAACCAUAACAUUAAUAACAGACAAAUUUGUAAUAUAUUGUUAAUUACUUUUGUUUGUCACUUAGGAAUGCCAA